AUGGGUGGCCAAGAAUCAAAGAUUCUUUUUCGCCGUGGAAUUUUUCGUCUUUUUGAAGAAAAUAAUAUUCCUGUAGAUGAUGAAUACUGGAAACAGUUUUGGGUCCUACCAGAAUCAGUAGAAGAUGUUUUUACACUUUUCUCUACGCAGGAUAUCUUACGUAUUCGAAAUCAUGCAGAAAAGAACCUUGAAACACUGGUUUAUGUUGUAGUAUCGAAACUUAUUUCUAUCAAAGACGAAAUAGGCCUUCCGGAAAGAAAGAAAGAAGCGUUAAAUUGUCUUCGUAUUAUUACGAGGAUUAUGCCUUUUAUUUAUGAAAAAGAAGAAACAAGGAUAUGGGAGAAUGAAACUUUUUGGAGUGUUAGAUUUAGAGAAAAGCUAUAUAAUCUGUAUAAAAAUGCAAAUUCUACGUCUGGAAAAUCCUCGCCUAGUAAUGAUGAUAUUAAUUUUAAAGCACAACUUAAAUAUACACAUAUUAUAAAAAAUGAUGAGUAUGAACACGCAAAAUAUGAAAACAAUUUGGACUAUGAAAUUCUGAAACCUCUUGCUGAAGAAUUUUUGGAUACACUUAAUGAUAUGCUUUUUUUUACAGGAUUUACGAUUCCGCCAGAAGAAGGAGCUUGUCAAAAAGUUUUGUAUUCUGUUUGGGAGCCUGGCAUCGGCUAUGCAUCAUCAGUAAAAAUGAUAACUGAGUUUGAAUCAAAUAAAAUCGAAGUAUUAAGAUGUAUUAUUUCCAUUGUUUCAAGAUCAAUGUACUUUUAUUCAUACAACCAAGAACCUAAUUUAUAUAUUAUUUAUCUUGUAACAAACCCAGAUAGGAAAGUUGUCCUUAACCUUUUAUGCUCUCUUAUAAAUACAGUUAUAAAUUAUAAUCCAGCAAAAUGGCAAAUAUUCUACAAUCAUAUGAUUUCGUUAAAUUAUAAACAACUACUUGUUUCGUAUUGUAUACAAUUUUUAUUGAUUCUUCUUGAUUAUCAAAUUCCUUCAUUUCCAUAUAUCGAAAAAGACCAAAAUAAUGAAAUUCCUAUAAAUAAAUAUUCUUUAUAUUUUGGAAAAUUGCAUCGUACUAAUGAUAUAGAAUUUCUCUUUAAUGGUAUAUAUAAAAUUUUGAACCAAUUCAUUGAAAUUAAUUCAUCUUACUUUCCUGAUAUUGCUAAAUCGGUAAAAUAUUCUCCUGAAAUAAUAAUGUUACUUUGGAAGGUUUUUCAAAUAAAUAAACAUUUUAGAAAUUAUUUAAUUAACAGUGAAAAUGUUAUGGACUAUUUAGUUUUGUUAUUGUGUUAUUCUUUAGAACAUAAAAGAGAAUCGUCACACAUUGGUCUAAUACGAAUUUGUCUUUUAAUUGUACAAUCAUUGUCUACAGAACCGAGUUUUUAUGAAAAGUUAAAUGUAACUUUUAAAAAUUACAAAAGUUUUCCUAUAAGUGUAAAAAUAACUUCUAUUAAAGGAACUUAUGUAGAUUUUAUUGUUAUUUCAAUUUAUAUGCUUAUUACAACAUGCAAAAGUGUUUUAGCUCCUUUAUAUCCUUCUAUGCUUUCAAUUUUAGUGAAUAUUGGACCUUAUAUUCAAAAUUUAUCAGUUCUUUCAUCUAUAAAACUGAUGCAAUUAUUUCAUUCUUUUUCUUCUUCUAGCUUUUUAUUAGCUAAUGAAAAUAAUCAUGUUUUAUUGCAAUAUUUAUUGGAACUAUUUAACGCAAUUGUUCAGAAUGAAAUGAAAAAAAAUCUUCAUUUCAUAUAUGCGAUAUUAAGAUCUUCAGAAAAAUUUGAAUUAUUAAAAGAUUUUACAUUAGAAAAGACUCUUAUAGAGAUUGAAAAAAAACGUGAAUUAAAAAGAAAUGAAUUAAAUAACAGCGAAAAAAGAGACAAAAUAAUUGAUAAUACAGAUUUAGAGAAAACACAAGUAUCUGAUACAUUUCUUCAAGCUAAUAAUUCUAGCUUCAGUAUUGACAAUAAUGAACUAGACAGUGAAGUAGAUUAUUUGGAAGAUAUUAACAUAUCUAAGAAUUCUUCAAAAGAUUCAUUUCAACCAUUAGUAGGAGCGUCUAAUUCUAAUUUUAAAUUUCCUGGAAUAAAUUACGUUGUUUCUGAAAAAGUUAGAGAAAAACUGCCUGAGCAUAUCAAUUUGCCUGUACAAUAUAAAAACAUAAAUGAAUCAUCUUUUAAUAUUCAUAAAUUUAAUAGUACACUAGAAACAGAUAAAAGUUUUCUACCAACAGAAAAUUGGGUAAAAUCAUGGCAUUCUUCUCUUAAACUUGAUGCAAUACUUGCUGUGUUAAAACAGUUGAAACCUAAAAUAGAUGAUAUAGCAUCUUCAGCACUCAGUCCUGAGAUUAUUUUAGAAACUUUAUCUUCAUUAGAUGUCGAACUUGAUACAAAAACUUCUAAACUUAAAUAUUUCAUUAAGAAUGAUCAAACUAUUAAUAAGAUUGAAGGGUUAUUAUGGGGACAUAUUUAUGUUUCUGAAACUAAAUUUCUAGCUGGUGCCAUUGGCAUAUGGACAGGUACAUCUAUCAAACUGUUCAAGAUUCAAGAAACAAAACAUUCUCCAUCUUUGUUAAACCCUAAAGGCGCAGUUGAUGCAGUAGCAAAAACUGUAAUCGAUAAAGUAGGAAAUUUGAAUCUUUAUACUAAAAAACAGUAA